AUGAACAUAAAGCUUACAUUUACUGACAAUACACCUUUGUCAUACCAGCCGUAUGGAUUUAAAGAUGGAUCAGAUGUAUUUUAUAAGCACAAUAAUAAAAUUUCACUUUUCAAGUUUAAUAAUAUGGAGGGAUGUUUAAUACCAGAAAAUAUAGAAUAUAUAAAAGAAGAUAUAUCUUUAACGACUACUAAUUAUGAGAUUAGCAUGAAUAACGUUGCUAGGAGGGCAAAUAAUAAAGUAUUUGUAGAAAAAAAUAAUCAAAGUACUAAGAAUAAUCUUAAAACAACUAGCUCUAUAAUUUAUGGAGAUAAAGAAAAUUUAUGUAAUAACGACAUGAAGGAAAAUAUAUGUUUAGAAGAUAUUAAAAAAACUACAUGUAAUAAUGACAUGAAAGAUAAUGAUACUGAGCGUAUCGAAAAUAUAUGCAAUGUAGGUUUGUUAAGCCCAAAAAAAAGCCCGUCAUUUUCUACUGAAAAAAAUUCGGCAGAAAGACCGCAUCAACAAUUAGUUGAAAAUAAAAUCACAAAGAAUACUGAAAAAAAUACUAAAAAAGAUGACGAAGUUGUAUCGCAAAGUACUUUUAGUGCAUUUGAUUUUACAUCCCAGAAUACUUUUCCUGCUGAAAUCAACAAGCAGUGUGAAUUGUCCUCAAAAACUGAAAUGAUCGACAAUGCUGUAAACCGAUUGACAGUUAAAGGAGAUGAUAGUGCGAAGUCUACAAUAAGAUGCACGUGUUUAGUAAAAAUAGAUAAUUAUGACUUAAUUUAUUGUGAUUUUUGCUGUUUAUGGUUACACACUGUUUGUUGUGGAUUUUUUUCUAAUAAAGACAAAAGAAUACCACUAGGAAGCUUUAAAUGCGAAUUUUGCAUUGGAAAUGUAAAUCAAAAAAUAACAGAAAGAUCACUUACAAGACGAUUGCUAGCUAUUCUUUAUUUAGAGAAGUUUAAAAGUAAAAGAUAUUUAAGCUCACGAAUGGGAAUAAGCUACGAUAAAAUGAAUAACAUUUUCACGAAAUUACAAAGCGAAGGAUUUAUUAAAAAAAGACAGAAUAGUUAUGUAGUUGUUAAAGACGAAAAAAUUAAAAAACGUCUUAAAGAAUAUUUUAGAGUGAAUAAAACCUCUAUAUGUAUUAAAGACAUAGAUGGAAAUAAUUAA